CAUAACUAAAGAGAGUUAAAGUUUUUGUCGUAGACCGUUUAAAGUUGAUACAUACUCUCAAUUUAUGAGUUUAUAACUAAUUCCGGGUUUUAAUGUAUCUCUUCCAUUGAAUUAUUUUUUUUUCUUGCGUAAAGUGAUGGCGUAAUAAUGGUUCAGUAUUUAUUCACAUGUGAAACAGUGCUGACCAUUUUGGAUAUUAUGGAUAAAAUUUUAGAAAAAGCACGCAAAGAAUUGGGUGAAGAUGAACAACUUAAGAAUGAGAAAUUAAAGGAAUUUAAAAUUUGGCUAUCAAAUCAUCCGUUUAUCAAAAGCUGUCGAAAUGACGAUACUUUCUUGCUGCAAUUUUUAAGAAUACGAAAAUACAAUAUUGAAAACACGUUCAUUUCUUUUGAGAAGUUUUUUAUAUUUCGUCAGAAGUACACGAAAUGGUUAAUUUUAAGCAAUAAUGAGAUGGAAAAGGUUUGGAUGCUUUUUGACAGUGGCUAUGCUUAUCCGCUUAUUGAUCGAGAUGAUGAAGGCAAGAAGAUAAUUUUAAUUCAAGUCAGAAAAUUCGAUACAAAAGUAUUUAAUUCAUGUGAUGCCAUUCGUUUGUUAGUCUUAAUAGCUAGCACUUUGAUGGAAGAAGAAGAGACACAAAUUGCUGGGAUAUCUUCGAUUUCUGACUAUACCGAUGUAUCAUAUCGUUAUUUUAAUCUUUUUAGUCUCAAAGAUAUUAGGGAAUUUGCUCAUUGUGCAAAGCAUGCAACUAUUGGAAGAGAAAAAGAAAACUAUUUUGUUAAUUUACCUACAUUUGCUUCAUUUCUAUUCGAUGUCGGCAAACGAGCUUUAAAUGAAAAAUUAAGAAAUCGAUUGAUUAGUACAAAAGAUAUGAAUGAACUUGUUGGCAAGCAUGUUGAUGUUUCAAUUUUGCCUAAAGAAUAUGGAGGAAAAAUACCCGAAAAAGACAUGCUGAAACAAUUUAAAGAAUCAUUUAAUUUUCAUAAAAAAUCACUGGAGAAAAUUUCACUAUGCGAAAUAGACUGGAAAGCAUCUGGGGUAAAAUUCUAAUGCUAGCUCAAAAAAAACCUUCAUCAACAUGGAAUAAGUAUUUUUUUAUUAAUUAAUAAGCUUAGAAUAAACGUUUUUGAACAAUAUAAAAUACAACAGCAAGGAAAAACAUGAAAGCAAAGAAGAGUAAAAUUUUGUCAGUAGUUUCCCGUCGUCCAUAUUUAUUAAGUAAUUUUCCAGACUGUUGAAUAGUCCCUGCUGUAUUCUGCAGCUCUUCGCCAGUUCCACUUACAGUAGUCGAUGAUUGAAUAAGUGAGUCAAGUGUAUUGGCACUUUUUUGAGUUGUUUCUGCUAAAUUUCUUGAAAGACUAAGCAUACGCUCUGUGACACUUUCUUGUUUAGAUAUUAAACCACUAGUUCCAAAACGCUGCCGUAGUUCAGAUUCUGGUUUCAUUGUAAAAAGCUCAGCCUUUUCUCCCUUUUCAAUUUCCAACAUUGUACUAAUGUUUGCCUUUCGAAAUGCUUGUAAAGUCUUUGAAAAUUGCUCACGAUAAGCAUCUACCUCAUUUGAUAAAGUAAUAUCAUUUUCAUCUUUGGCCCAAUCAUCCAAUUUUUCAAUACACUUUCUUAAUUGUGCUAAUUUUGUUCUUCCAGCUUCAUUCAAUAGCUCUAAAUCUUGAAGUGACCCUUUGAAUGAUAAAAUAUCCUGUAGAUAUAAACGAAAAGCAUAAUUUUAUGAGAAUGUUGCUCACAAGGAAAAAGCUCUUACUUAAGUAGCUUUCAAAAUCAUAAUUUAUUGCAAGAAAAUUUUCCUGUCUGCUCGUAAAAUCUAUUUCGUUCACUAUUCAUGUUCAGACAUUUUAAUUAAACAUUCAAAUCGAAAUUAUAAAAUAAAAUUAAGUUAAACUUAUUUAAUAAUGUACCUAGUAAACUAAUACAGUGAACAUAAAGAAGUUUUUAAAAUAUUUUUGCAUUUUUGAAAUCGUGAAAACUUUGUGGAUUUUUUUUUAUAAUCAGGAAGUGAUGCUGUUUGUUUUUAUACUCAGUUUAUAUUCACUGCUUGAAUAGAAUAAUUCACCAAGUACUUAAUGCAAACAUUAUUUAUUUUUUUUCUGUGAAGAAUAAAUCUCGCAUAAUUAACGACGUGUUUAAUAUUAUUAAGAUAAAGACACUAUGGACAUACUUGGAUAAUUGCCUUGACUUGUAAGUUAUGAUCUACAAUUUCUUGCUUAAUUAUCUUCUGUGAAUCCAUCCUUAAUGCUUAACUAUCUAAUUAAUUAAGAUAUUUUAAUUUUUCAUUAUUUUUUGUCUACUUCCACGCGAUUCGUAUGGAUCGAUUUAUUGUCCUUUGUUGCUCAAAUUUAAAAAUUUUGAGCAACAUUACUUUACGACCGUUAAAUGCUUCCAAUCUUAUUUUAUUACUUUUUAAUGAUCCUACCUGUGAGGCUUUUAAAUUAAAAUAUGACCAAAGUUAAGCAGUGAUAACAUUAUGAUACAUAGUUUUAAUAACUCAUACAGUGUAAGCAUUAUUUUUGAA